AGUCAUCUGGUAUAAGCAAAUGAAUUCUGAGUCACAUGACACAGAUAAUAGGAAUCACACGUCUCUCCAACCAAGCACAGUUACAUCAUCCUCUAACAGCAUGGCAACAGGUCCUGGGCAUCAAAGAUCAAGCUUAACAGGAACAGCUGAUCCCCAUUCAACAGAUACAGCGAAGCAUGUUACACAAAAUACAGAGGGCAAACAGAUCAUCGAAACAUUGUUAUACAAGCCCAACAUCUCAGCCAAGCUUUGGAAAGCAAUUGCAUUUGGUUCUUAUGUAAAUUUACAAGAGUUCUUAUAUAAAAACCUCUUAGCUAGCAUGAAGGAAAAUGAUGAUGAACCAGUCUUACAAUCAACAAAAGGAGAACAAGAACUAAACAACUACAGGGACCAUGUUAAUGAGCUUUGCCUAAAACAGAAUUUUUAUGCAAUUAUGUCAUAUGAUGAAGAUCGUAAAGUAACUCUAGUUACAAAUCAGGACACAACUCUUAGUGAUUAUAACACAGAAGUAAAAGGCAGAAACUUUGAUGCAACCACAAUCAAAAGGCAAAGACAUAACACGUACCAGUUAAUACGUUUUGACACUGAAUGGUUUGAUGAUAGAGAGAUAUGCAUUAACUAG